CAGAAUCUGCAGAGCAGGCUUGCAAGAGUUUUUAGCUGCAGAAAGAACAGUUGAGCUUUGUGCAAAUGUUUGCAGUUUAGUUAAAUUGCUGAAAUCUGAGUUCACACUCAGGGCAGACAUGUCCUACAUCACUAUCGUGGCACUCCUGGUUAUUUUUACCAUCCCUGAAGUUAGCAGUGAAGGGGAUCCAGGAGCAAUUCUGCGAUGUCGCUGCCUCAUCAUGGAGACUAGACCCAUCGGGCGUCACAUAGGAAUGGUGGAGGUGAGCCGUCCAAGCUCCCACUGCAAUCACACUGAGAUUAUUGCGGUUCUUAAAAAGGGUGGGAAAAAAGUCUGUCUGGACCCUGAUGCUCCAUGGGUCAAAAAAGUGCUCAAACAUUUAGGGGAGAAACCUUGAAGAACAAACCCUCACUGUGAGGAUUUUCAACAUGGAAGCUCUGGCUGCAAUGUUGGAACACAAAUCUUGUUUUAUAUGAUGGGAAAAGUUUGUGUGGCAGAUGGAACAUUCAAGCAGCAGUUUUUGAAUUGUCUAGA